CACACAAAUCCCUCCGCCCCUUCUCCCCAACCAUGCAUGGGCCCACCAAGCUUCCAUCAUCAGCCAGUAGAUCUCCCAACACCAUAUAAACUCCUCAUCCCCUCGCUUCCAGCUUCACAUCUUCUUCGUUUCUUCUUCUCCAGUUUGCUGCUUCUAUAUAUCCCCCCCAACAUCCUCGCCCCCUCUUCCAAAACUUCCUCAACCGCAGAAAACACUCGGCAGAUACCAAUGGAUCAACUCCUCAAAUGCCAAGCUAACUAUGUCCCUCUCAGCCCCAUCACCUUUCUGCAGAGGGCUGCUGCUGUUUACUCCGAUCGCACUUCCGUCGUGUACGAACGAAUCCGAUUCACCUGGAAACAGACGUACGAUCGCUGCCUGCGCAUGGCCUCAUCCCUCCGAUCUCUAAAUGUUUCCAAGAAUGAUGUGGUAUCUGUGCUCGCCCCCAAUGUUCCAGCUAUGUACGAGAUGCACUUCGCCGUGCCCAUGGCCGGUGCAGUGCUGAACACCAUAAACACCCGGCUCGACGCGGCCAACAUCGCCACCAUUCUAAAGCACUCGGAGGCGAAGGUGUUCUUCGUGGACUACCAAUACGUCCGGCUCGCCCGCGACUCCCUCAAGCACUUAAUCGACGACGGCGCACCCUUGCCUUUAGUUGUCGUCAUCGAUGACGUCGAUGCCCCGACUGGCAUCCGGCUCGGCGAGCUAGAGUACGAGAAGCUCAUCGCAAGAGGCGAUCCCAAGUGCCCUCCAACCCCUCUCUACGAUGAGUGGGAUCCCAUAGCUCUCAAUUACACCUCCGGCACGACCUCGGCGCCGAAAGGCGUGGUCUACAGCCACCGGGGAGCUUUCCUGAGUACUUUGAGCCUCCUCCUCCAGUGGGAGGUGGGGAGCGAGCCGGUGUACAUGUGGUCGCUCCCCAUGUUCCACUGCAACGGGUGGACCUUCACUUGGGGCAUGGCGGCGCGCGGCGGCGCCAACGUGUGCAUCCGGGCGACCACCGCCCGCGACAUGUACCGCGCCAUCGGCGACCACCGCGUCACGCACAUGUGCUGCGCCCCCAUCGUCUUCAAUAUCCUCCUGGAGGCCAGCCCCGCCGAGCGCCGCCCGCUCAUCGCCCCGGUCCACGUGCUCACUGGCGGCGCCCCGCCACCGGCGCCGCUCCUUGAGAAGAUCGAACGACUUGGCUUCCGCGUCACCCACGCGUACGGCCUCACGGAGGCGACCGGGCCGGCGCUGGUCUGCGAGUGGCGCGAAGAAUGGAACCGCCGCCCGGUCGACGAGCAAGCCCGGCUCAAAGCGCGGCAGGGCAUCAGCGUGCUGACGCUCGCCGACGUCGACGUGAAAGACCCCGAAACCAUGCAAAGCAUCCCCCGGGACGGGAAGUCGCUCGGAGAGAUAGUUCUCCGAGGGAGCAGCAUCAUGAAAGGUUACUACAAGAAUCGCGACGCCACCGAGGCCGCAUUUAGAGAUGGUUGGUUCCUCACCGGCGACGUGGGGGUUAUCCACCCCGACGGCUAUGUCGAGAUAAAGGACCGAUCGAAGGACGUCAUCAUAUCCGGCGGCGAGAACAUCAGUAGCGUCGAGGUAGAGACGAUCCUCUACCAGCAUCCCAUGGUGCUCGAGGCGGCGGUGGUGGCCAUGCCACACCCGCACUGGGGGGAAACACCUUGUGCGUUCCUAAAACUAAAGAAAGAGUACUGCGAACAAGGGAGUAUCCAAGAAGAGGAUAUCAUAUCCUAUUGCAGGAAUAGCAUGUCCAGGUUUAUGGUGCCGAAGAAGGUGGUGUUCAUGGAGGAGUUGCCGAAGACUUCCACGGGGAAGAUCCAAAAGUUUCAGCUAAGGGAGAUGGCUCGUGGCCUCAAGGUGACGGGGAGAAACGGCCGGACGCCGCAAGGAGGGGCGGCGCCGCAGGGGAAGGCCCAGGUGGCUUACGUUAACGGUAAUAACGGUCACGGCCAGCCCGAGGCACAAGAGCAAGUCUUAGCCAUGUCUCGCCUUUGAGUCUGCUGAUCGGGUUCGAAGGGGACACACGUGUAGAUGCUGGUAAAGUUUUGUAAUAAAUAAAAAGAAAGAAAGAAAGAAAGAAAACGUUAUAAUAACAUAAGAGUCAGUGUCCACUGUGAUUCAUGUCAUGUAAUAUAUUGUUCCCAUGGAUUAUAUUAUUAUAGAUGGUGAAUGAAGCUUGCUUUUGAGUCAA